AUGACGGGCACUGGCUGGGGCGGGCAACCAAACCACGACCAUGCUCCAUACUAUUCAACAGCAUGGCGUAAUAGUAAAUGGUCAGGAUUCGAUACAAAUGAUUCGCCAUAUUAUAACGCAACGUGGGAAGACUGGGAGAAGUGGUACCACCGAGGCGAGACAAAGAGCCAACAUACGGUCUAUACAUCCAACAGUGGCUUUCUCACCAUUGUUGUCUCGGCGGUCUUUCUUGGUGCAUACGGUCAGAGCCUACUGAUUGAGCAACAUGAUUCUACCUUCAAAACUCAGAUAAGGCAGACGAAUGACCACGCGAGCUUCCAACUACGGUCGAGAAGAGAAGCGUCACAGGAUCUUGUGAAAAAUGAUAGAGUCAAACACUUCCUGACGUCGAGGCAUGAUACAGGGUAUGGCGCAUGGUAUACGGAAGAACCUGACGAGACGGUCCCAGAAAAGCGUAUGGGCAUUCAAGACGAUAUACCCAAACAAGAAGAGGGUACCGACACUUAUCUGGUCGGCACUGGCUCUGAUCGUCUUCUGGUUGACACCGGCGAGGGCAAGCCAUCUUGGUUUGCUGCAUUGUCUUCCGUGCUCAAGGCAGAAAAUGCAACUAUCUCUCAUGCUUUACUUACGCAUUGGCAUCCCGAUCAUGUUGGCGGCUGUGGUCAGCUCCAUCAGAUAUGUCCGAAUGCCAUAAUUCACGAGAAUGAGCCAGCUGAAGGCACGGAAGAUAUCGCGGACGGCGAAAGCUUCAAAACGGAAGGCGCAACUCUUCGCGCCUUCUAUUGUCCCGGUCACACCACCAACCAUAUGGCUUUCGUUCUUGAGGAAGAGUCCGCCAUGUUCACUGGCGACAAUGUUCUAGGCCACGGCACAGCUGUCUUCGAGGACCUCCCGACUUACCUGCAAAGUCUCGAGCGUAUGAAGGAGCAGUUUACUGGCCGUGCUUACCCGGGCCAUGGAGCUGUAAUUGAAGACGGACCCGCGAGAAUACGCGAGUACCUUGUGCAUCGAAAGGAGAGAGAGCAGCAGGUCUUGCAGGUACUGAAAGAUCUGGAUGAACAAGGCGGAGCAACACCAAUGGAGAUUGUGAAAGUGGUGUAUAAGGACUACCCGGAGAACCUUUGGGAGCCAGCGGCGAAGGGUGUGCUAGCUAUCUUGCAGAAGUUGGAGGGUGAGGGGAAGGCUGAGCAUGUCGGAAAUGACAAGUGGAGGAUCACCAAGAAGCCGACGUUGUGA